AUGUGUCUGAGCAGCAGCUCCUGCAGCACACUGAAGUCCAGCGAGGACAGACCCAACGUACGAGCCAACUCUGCCUCCUCUUCAUCAUCCUCAUCAUCUUCCCCCUCCUCCUCCUCCACAGGGCCUCUCUCCAUCUCUGGAGCCUGCUAUUGGCUGCCUUUGUCCUUCUCAAACUCCUCUGAGCAGAAACACACACAAAGUCAAAACCACACUCUCCAAAAAUCAUACAGCAAAGACUAUGGCUUUGACUUUAUGUGUGUUUCUGUUCACUGGAGUCACUAUGCUGAACAGCACUUUGAAAAGAGAACCUAACUGACUUGAAUCCUAUACAGCCCCCUAAUGGUGAAACACUGCUAUUGCAUCAGUUUACAAAUACGAAAGAGACUUGCACAUAGAACGUAAUCUCAUAUGUACCUCACACGCACACACGCCCGUACGCCCGCACGCCCGCACGCCCGCACACACACACACAGACAGACACAGACCUGUGAUGGCCUGCAGAUGUUUUUUUGCCCAGAAGGUGUUCUUUCUUGUUGUGCAGAGAGCUGAAGUACUGAUUACAGGUACAACACAACAAAUCACUACAAUCAGAGCCCUGAGAGAGAGCGAGAGAGAGAGCGAGGGGAGAGAGAGAGAGAGAGAGAGAGGGGGGGGGGGGGGGGGGGGGGGGGGGGGGGGGGGGGGGUGGGGGGGGGGGGGGGGGGGGGGGGGGGGGGGGGGGGGGGGAGAGGGAGGCCCUUCACCCAAAAACGUUUUAGGAACUCAGUCGGGGUCUCAAUAAAAAUUUGGUUGUGCACUAUCUAAACUUGUAGUAAUCAUGGUCGAAUUACCGAUCAGGGUGAGGCCCAUUGAUCAUCAGUUAUCAUAUUAAAAACUGCAAACAUUUGCCUCCACCCUAUAGCAAAAUGUGUAGAAUUGCAUGAAAUUAGCUAUAAAACUGCACAUUUUCUCUCAGCCCCAUGGCAAAAUGGGCAGAAUUGGAGGAAAGGAACUAUAAACUCUUCGCUGUCACGAGGGGGGGGGCGCUAAAAUGGGGGGGGGGGGGGCACCUCAAAAACAUGAUGGUCCUCUGUAGCUCAGCUGGUAGAGCAUGGCGCUUGUAACGCCAAGGUAGUGGGUUUCGAUCCCUGGGACCACCCAUACACAAAAAUGUAUGCACGCAUGACUGUAAGUCGCUUUGGAUAAAAGCGUCUGCUAAAUGGCAUAUUAUGAUGAGUUCCGUUUUUUUGUGGCCCUCACCCCCCUCAAAGUUGCCCAUCCCUGGUCUAGGUGAAGGUCAGAAUGGCUUGUGUCGACAGAGGAGCAGUUAAGUUACUCACAUCUAUUGGAUUCAGAGCCAUGGUCUCCUCCUCCAUCUCAGUUUCAACUCCCUGGAGUCCUGACGACAACAAAACAUAACAAUCAUCAACAAAAACCAUCAACAGCAAUCAACAUAGAGCUCAUCUAAUUACAUAACUACUACAUCCUAGAGUCUAGGCACUAUGCAACACACUACACAAACAUUGCACCCAAACAACAUUGAACACACACCACAAAGCUUUGGUCCCCUGCUCAGGGCUUUCCUCCUGAACAAGUCUUUGUAUGCCUCAGUGUUCUGGUAGUCCGUCAGCUCUGUGAUGUAGCGCUGCUUGUCCUUCUCUGCCUCAUGGUUGUACUUCUACAGGAAGAAAUAUAGGAUGUUAUAGGAUGUUUCGGUUAGAAUUUCAAGUUGAGUGUCAGAGAUUAGAGGUCAGAAGUCAGACCUUCUUGUCGUCGGGCCAAGUUGGGACCACUGCAGUGUGCAGCCCCAGCAUGCGGGUGAUAUGGGUUAGGGGUUAAAGGUUAGGGGUCAGACCUGCUUGUCGUUGGGGCCCAGUUGGGACCACUGCAGCCCCAGCAUGUGGCUUAUCUCAGUGAAGGGGAGGUCCGGGUGCUCCUCUCUCAGCUGCAGCUUCUGCUCGUGCACAAAAAUAACGUACCUGAGAUCAGGAGAGAGAGAGGGGCUUCACAAUAAGAAUAACUCAUUCUGUUCCAUAUCUCCUCUCCCUAUGAAAGAGUUUGAGUGUGUUUAAUGUGUAUAUGCAGGUGUGCAUGUGUGUGUCACUGGCAUACCGGACACCCCAGAAGCCCCCCACAAGGUAGGGAGCCCAUGAGCUCUGGGGGCCCACCACCAGUCUUCCAUGUCUAUUUGUUUAAUUUAAUUAAUAAUUAAUAAUUUUGACAGUAAACCUCCAAAAAGUCAACCAUAAAUAUUUUUAAUGUCCAUAUGUUCUAGGAACCUAAGUGUUAGUUUCUUGGACUUCAGGAAUGUGACUAAAAGGGUGCCUCAGGCCUUGGAAAAUAAAAAAUGUCACUGAUUGAAAAGAGUGAACAAGUCUAUGAUGGCGCCAGUGCAAUGAGUGGUGUUCAAAAGCGCAUAUCAGACCGAGAACCUAAUGCUUCUUAGGUAGUUCUUUAUGAGUUUUAGUUUAGAAAAAAAUAUCUCCGCAGAAGCGACAGUUACAGGGAUGGUAAAAACAGCUUGAUUGCUGUAUUAACAUCAGGGAAACUGGGCAGAAGGGAGUGGUGUUUCAAAUACAGCAGUUCUGCAACAUCUUUAAUUGAGCCUCUUGUUCUCCUUAAUUGACGGCCUCAACACGUUACGGAAAGAGAUUAACUGUAUAGGAAGCUCUGGGGACAGGUUGUCUGGAUACUGGACAGCAAACAAAUUCGCAGAUGCAAACAGAUUAUCAUUAACGGACAACAAGUUGAGGGCUUGAACAAAAAAAAGCGGUUUGCGAUUUCGUUCAUACUGGUGAACCGGCGUUUGAGUUUUGUGGUUGCAAUAUCAACAUUCCCUUAUCUCUGGUAUAUCUUGGCAUGCUUAAUUCAAGGCUAAGUUUAAAUUGUGUCCAGCGCAAUGGACAUACAGUAUAACGCACAAUGUCUCAGGAAAGACUGUCUGGGUUGGCAAUACUCAUAGAAAACAGUCGGGCCCGCAACCUGGACCUAAAGGCCGUGGUGAAAACAUUUAAAACAAAAAAAUUGUAAGGCAACGCAGUCGCAUAUAUAGCUAAUAUAGGCCUCUACAUAGAAAAGAAAGAGACAAGCACAGACACUGAUACUUUUUUCUAAGAGACAAAGAGAAAAAGAGACACAGACAGAGAGAGAAGCAGCAAUGAGUACUUCAGAAGACCAGGGGAGUCUCUCAAAUUUGAUUUUAAUUUGAUUUAAUUUACCUUGAAUAUUGCAGGCCAUUUGUGUAGGCUAUUAGCCAGACAAAACCCGCUGAUAUCAACAAUAAAUAGUAGCUGAAUUUAUCUUCAAACCGACUACUUUUUCCUAAUUGAUAGGCUAUUUGAUGUGUAAUUUUUAUAAAAAGUGUAUAAAUAGCAGCUAAAUAGCAGAUAAAUCAGAUAUAUAGCUACACAUAGUAGGCUUCACUGCAUAAUGAAACAAUCCCUAGUAAGCUAGUGUUUUGAGGGUGGACUGACUGUAUUAUUUGGCAUUAAUAGACUGGUUUGUACGCAAAACAACUUUCUAUCCAAGCUGGGAGAGAGCGCGAGGACGGCUCAUGUCAUGCAGGUUCAGGUACCUAUACAGGACAGUUGUAUAAAUACAAAUUAAAAAAUCAAUUGGUAGCUGAUAAGUAUGCUGUUGUAUCGAACAUUUAUUUUACAAUCUCCAAUGUUUGAAUUUCCAACUUUAAUUACUGAACAAGUCAUUAAAUGAUUGGCAGCAUUGCUACAGCGUGGGUAUAGCUUCCUGAAAUGUUAGGCUUAACAUGAGAACGUGAUGACCAAAUAGGCCGCCCAAUAAACAUUUACCCAUUAGCUAAAGCAAAGCUAUAGGCUACAUGCCCUGGCACCACAGAAAGCCAAUCAUUAAUUCGAUCGGCAGCAGCACCAUGGACAGCAAUCGGUAGUCUAUACUUUGCAGUGGCUGUCUGGCUGACGUGUUCCAUUUUGGGGGGCGGCCGGACUACGAAAAGAGAAUUUUCGUCCACGCCCUGCCCGCCCCUCCAGAGCUAAGGACAUUCUGCGCAUGUGAUAUUUUACACACACUACAUACACUACAUUACCAAAAGUAUGUGGACACCUGCUCGUCGAACAUCUCAUUCCAAAAUCAUUGGCAUUAAUAUGAAGUUGGUCCCCCGUUUGCUGCUAUAACAGCCUCCACUCUUCUGGGAUGGCUUUCCACUAGAUGUUGGAACAUUGCUGCAGGGACCUGCUUCCAUUCAGCCACAAGAGCAUUAGUGAGGUCGGGCACUGAUGUUGGGCGAUUAGGCCUGGCUCGCAGUCAGCGUUCCAAUUCAUCCCAAAGGUGUUCGAUGGGGUUGAGGUCAGGGCUCUGUGCAGGCCAUUUCUGUCUGGACCUCGCUUUGUGCACAGGGCAUUGUCAUGCUGAAACAGGAAAGGGCCUUAACCAAACCGUUGUCACAAAGUUGGAUGCACAGAAUCGUCUAGAAUGUAAUUGUAUGCUGUAGCGUUAACAUUUCCCUUCACUAGAACUAAGGGGCCUAGCCCGAACCAUGAAAAACAGCCCCAGACCAUUAUUCCUCCUCCACCAAACUUUACAGUUGUCACUAUACAUUUGGGCAGGUAGCGUUCUCCUGGCAUCUGCCAAACCCAGAUUUGUCCGUCGGGCUGCCAGAUGGUGAAGCGUGAUUCAUCACUCCAGAGAACGCAUUUCCACUGCUCCAGAGUCCAAUGGCGGUGAGCUUUACACCACUCCAGCCAACACUUGGCAUUGCACAUGGUGAUCUUAGGCUUGUGUGCAGCUGCUCGGCCAUGGAAACCCAUUUCAUGAAGCUCCUGACAAACGUUAUUGUGCUGACGUUGCUUCCAGAGGCAGUUUGGAACUCGGUAGUGAGUGUUGCAACCGAGGACAGACGAUAUCUACUCGCUACGCGCUUCAGCACUUGGCAGUCCCGUUCUGUGAGCUUGUGGGGCCUACCACUUUGAGGCUGAGCCAUUGUUGCUCCUAGACAUUUCCACUUCACAAUAACAGCACUUACAGUUGACCGGGGCAGUUCUAGCAGGGAAGAAAUUUGAUGAACUGACUUGUUGGAAAGGUGGCAUCCUAUGACGGUGCCAUGUUGAAAGUCACUGAGCUCUUCAGUAAGGCCAUUCUACUGCCAAUGUUUGUCUGUGGAGAUUGCAUGGCUGUGUGCUCUAUUUUAUACAUCUGUCAGCAACAGGUGUGGCUGAUAUAGCCGAAUCCACUAAUUUGAAGGGGUGUCACAUACUUUUGUAUAUAUAGUGUAGCUACUGCACACUCCCCCUCCCUUUACAUUUCUCUCUUUACUCACCCUCUUCUGAACCAUGAUGAUGUAGCCUAUGUCUCUGCCUCAUAUUUCUGAACAGAUGAAAUAAAAAACCCUGCGGCGAUUUGAACGAACAUUCCCACAAAUAUUUAUUAAAGGCUAUACAACCUUCUCUGUCUGUUGUAACGGAUAUUGCAGUUGCACAAGGAGGACGCAGUCCCUACAUACUGCAUUGAAGCAAAAACAAUCAGCGUUUUAUGUGAUGAUGUAGGCUAAUCUUUAUAGUUGCUGCCAUAUCGUAGCAGUACUGCGAGAGAAUACAGAAAUACAGUAGUAGAGUUCCUGAAAAAAGAAUACAACUCCCCAGUUUUGUACUGGGCCAUAAAAACUAUCUGCGUUUUAACCACAAACAGGCCCAACUAACUGCUAUUCGCUUCUCAAUGAUCAUGCAAGUACCGCACGGUUCCACCUCUUGACAGUCGGUUCCACCUCUGGGCUUUUGUUGCACACAUAUCUAGAUGAUGCUACACACUAUUUUACGCAAUGACGCAGUCGGUGUGUUCAAAGCGCUUUGAACACUACAAUGCAGUAUGUAGGGACUUCUUCCUCCUUGUGCAACUGCAAUAUCUGUAACAACAGACAGAGAAGGCGCAGUGGUUUAAGGCACUGCAUCGCAGUGCUAGCUGUGCCACUAGAGAUCCUGGUUCGAAUUCAGGCUCUGUCGUAGCCGGCCGCGACCGGGAGACCCAUGGGGCGGCGCACAAUUGGCCCAGCGUCUUCCAGGGUAGGGGAGGGAAUGGCCGGCAGGGAUGUAGCUCAGUUGGUAGAGCAUGGUGUUUGCAACGCCAUGGUUGUGGGUUCGAUUCCCACAGGGGGCCAGUAUGAAACAUUUUUUUAAAUAAUGUAUACACUCACUAACUGUAAGUCGCUCUGGAUAAGAGCGUCUGCUAAAUGACAUAAAUGUAAAAUGUUGUAUAGCCUUUGAACACACCGACUGCGUCAUUGCGCAAAAUAGUAUGCAGCAUCAUAUAGAUAUGUGUGCAACAAAAGUUCAACAUUCACCUUCUGCUACCAUUUCUGUCAACCCGUUCACGCAUACAGUUUGAUGCAUACGUUCGAUAAAUCCAACGUAUGCAACACACAGAACGCACUGCAACUGCCUCUGCAACGCAAUGCUGCAAGGCAAACGCAGCGUUCCUGUGGAAAUGAAUGUACUUCUGAUGUACCAAAACGCAAAAACACAGUCGGUGUGUUCAAAACGUAAAUGUAGCCUAUUGCAGUGACGGAUCCACAAGUGGUGACCCCAAAAAAGGUUGGCAUCCCCGACCAACAUCUGCUGACGGUCCACAUUCUGGACGGACAAGGUGACAGGUACCCCAUCGAUGAAGGUGACAGGUGGUGUUGUCCCGGACGAAAGCGAACCCUUGGAGGGAGAUAGGAGAUACCUCUGUGAUUGCCGCCGGGCUCAGCGGCAGCUCAAGGCUCAUUGCGGGCUAUUGAAAAUCUCUAAGACCUGCGACCAAGGAGUCACCUACAAAAAAUGAUGUAACCAGGAAGAGCAAUCGAGCAUGGAGGUAGGAGCUAUGCAAACUUGAGUUGAACGUUUACAUAGAAAGAGAGAGGCUCUGGAUAUUCAUUUACAAUGUAAAUGUUUAUGACAUGGUGUGACUGAAGCGUUCACAUUCCCAAUUUUAAGCGUAACUGAACGUAUGAGGUAUAGUGCUUAUCGAUGCAUGUAGGCUAUGGCAUAUCAAACCAUGAAAAUAUGUAAAAAUGUCGUCAGCCAAUCAAUGUAUUCUCUGAACGAGAGGCAUUUCGAUGAUCUACUGGUGAUGCCUGAAAGAGAAAGCUCGGGAAAUGGUUUCGACAUUCUGUAUCUGUAGCCAAUGAAAUUAAGAGAAAACGAAGGAGUCACUGACAAUGUCCAAUCAUUAUAGGCGGAGUAGAAAGUGGGCGUUUAUUAUGUCUGUAGGAGCUGAAGGAGUUCUCUCCUCAUCGCUGUAAGUGGUGUGUGAUAACAGAUGCGCUUGUGGCACGGGAGGCGUCAAAAGUGAAAGGGUUGACGAGGCCCUGAACAAUUUAAACUGGACACUUCUAACAGAUUCUUAUCGACUAGACGAAACACGGAUUUAGUAGAUUCUUAUCGACUAGACGAAAUACGGAUUGAGUCUUUGACUGCAAAGGUGAGAGAAUAACGCUGACAUGUUUGUUUUGGACAUGCUAUACCCAGUGGUGUAAAGUACUUAAUUAAAAAUACAUAAGUAGUUUUGGGGUGUAUCUGUACUUUACUUUAAUAUUUACAUUUUUGACAAUUUUUACUUUUAUUCCCCCUACAUUCCUAAAGAAAAUAAUGUACUUUAUACUCCAUACAUUUUCCCUGACACCCAAAAGUACUCGUUACAUUUGGAAUGCUUAGCAGGACAUGAAAAUGGUCCAAUUCACGCACUUAUCAAGAGAACAUCCCUGGUCAUCUCUACUGCCUCUGAUCUGGCAGACUCACUAAACACAAAUUAUUUGUUUGUAAAUGAUGUCCGAGUGUUGGAGUGUGCCGCUGGCUAUCAGUAAAAAAGUAAAUGUAAAAAAAUUGUGCCUUCUGGUGUGCUUAAUUUAAGGAUUGUGAAAUGAUUUAUACUUUUACUUUUGACACUUAAGUAUAUUUAAAAACAAAUACUUUUAGACUUUUACUUAAGUGACUUUCACUUUUACUUGAGUCAUUUUCUAUUAAGGUAUUUUUACUUUUACUCAAAUAUGACAGUUGGGUAAUUUUUCCACCACUGGCUGUACCAUAAUCAGAACUGCCAUCUUACGGUCAUAUUUAAGGUUCCAUUGUCGUUGACAGAAUCUUAACACAUCUUAACACUUUGUCCUGAAGGGAAGCUAUGGGCUUCCUUAGACAGUGAGAGUUGCAUCAUUGGAGCAGAAGUGCUGAGUGUGUAAUGCAGCUGUUGUGUCACUGCACCAGGGUCCUCCUCACACUGACAAAGCAGCCACUCUCUCUCCUCUCCCCUGGCCUCACUCUGGUGCAGCUGUGUCAACAGACCGGUGCUUCCAGCUGACACGCCCCUCAUGCAUGAAUGAUUCUGUAAAGCUCCAUCUAUAAAAGUUAAACGUUAUUUACACCAGGCAGAGUUUUAACUAUGUUAUCCUCUUCUGUCUGUCAGACAUGGAACCAUCACCCCCUGGCACCCCAACCACCCUGAAACCUGGCCCCUCCCCCCCUUCCCCAGCUACCCCUAAAUCUACCCCAGGCACUAGACCCACCGUGACCCUGCCUAAGUCCACCCCAUCCGUCCCGACCUCUCCGGUCUCAUCUUCCUCCCCUUCUCGUCCUGGUCCCCCUCUCUCUCCUCCCUCGCCCUCCCUCUCCACCCCUCCUGCAUCCCCCCUGCGGCAGCCCAUCAGACCUGUCUCCCAGGCAGGACGAUCCCAGCUCAAUGCUGCCAGCAGGUCAGCUGAGGAGAGGAGGGGGGCUGGUGCUGCUGGAGAUACCCCGGUCAGGCCCCCUACUACCCCUCUACGACAGGCUUCUUUAGCUCAGCCAGGUGAGUACAGCCAAAGACACACAAAACAACACAACACAUUACACUCAUUUAGCAGACGCUCUUAUCGAGAGCAACUUACAGUUUAAUGAGUGCAUACAUUUUUCAUACUGGCCCCCCGUGGGAAUCGAACCCACAACCCUGGUGUUGUAAGCACCAUGCUCUACCAACUGAGCUACAGGAGGCCCCUAGCAAUAUAUACUGUUGUUUUGGCUGUAUGGCAUCAUUGACAUUACAACACAUUACAACACAACACAUUACAACACAUUGCAACACAACACAACACAUUACAACACAUUACAACACAAUACAUUACAACACUACACAUUACAACACAACACAACACAUUACAACACAACACAUUACAACACAAUACAACACAUUACAACUCAACACAACACAUUACAACACAAUACAACACAUUAGAACACAUUACAACACAUUACAAACACGACACAACACAUUACACCACAUUACAUUACAACACAACACAUUACAACACAAUACAUACAACACCCACAUUACAAACACAACAAACAUACAAACACACAUAAACACAACAAAACACACUAACAACACAAACACAAUCAACACAACACAAAAACACAACACAAACAUUACAACCAACAACACAUACAAACACAUACAUACAACACAAAACAUUAAACAACACAUAAAACAACCAACACACCAACAACAAGACAUUGACACACUACAACACAACAAAACACAACAUUACAACACAACACAACAACAACAACACAACAACACCAUACACAAACACACAGACAUUACAACACAACAUAAACCAACACAUAAAAACAACAUACAACACAGGACAAACAAUACAGAAACACCACAUUACAACACAAACACACAAACACAAACAACACAACAAUUACAACAGACAACAACAACACAACACAAACAACACAGACACAACAAAACAACCACACACAACAACACAUAACAAACAACACGAACACAACACAGACAAACAACACAUAAACAACACAAACAACAACACAAACAUACAACACAUCAAAAACACAUUACAAACACAACAACCUUACAACACAAAACACAAACACAAACACAUUACAACACAGACACUACAAACAAUACAACACACACAAACACAGACAACACAACAACCACCACAAACAACACACACAACCAACACAGACAACCAACACAGCAACAACACAACAAAACACCAUUACAACCAACAACACAUUACAACAAACACAUUACAAACAUACAUAACACAACAUUACAACAACAAUUACAACACAACACAUUACAACCAACACAAACACACACACCUUAACACAACACAUUACAACACAACAAUACAACAACACAUACAACAACCAACACCACAUUACAACAAACACACAAACAUACACAACACAACACAUCAACACAACACAACACAACAUAUAAACAAACACACAUUACAACAUUACAACAACACAUAAACACCACAAUUACAAACAUUACAACACAACAAACAACAAGAACACAACAAACAUACACAACAACAACAAAACAACAACACAGACAACACAACACAACAACUAACAACAAGUACAAACACACACAUUACAACAAACACAACAAACACCACACACACAUACAAACACAACCACACUAUACAAACAAACACAUAACAACACAUAAUUACAAAAACAGACAAAACAUUAAACAACACAACCACUACAGACACACAACACAUAACAACAACACAACAAACAGCACAACAAUACAACACAACAAAAACACACAACACAACAAACACAAAACAAACAACACAACAAAACAACACACACAACAAACACAAACAAACAACAACAACACAAAACACACAUACAAACACAAAACAUUACAAACACAUAACCAUACAACAACAUUACAACACUCACAUUACAACACAACACAACACAUUACACACACAACACACAUUAAACACAACACAACAUUAAACACAACACAUUAAACACAAACAACAACAAACAACACAACAACCCAAACAACACAUUACAACAACACAACAACAACACACGACACAAACACAACACAAUACAACACCAACACCAACACAACACAACAACACAACACAACAACAUACACAGAACACACAUUAACAACAACAAAUACAACAACACACACUACAACAGCACAAACACAUUACAAACACAACACAUUACAACACAAACAACACAAAACACACACAGACAACAACACAUACAACUAACACACACAUUACACAACCUACACAACCACAGCAACUUACAACACAAACACAACACAUUAAACAAACACAACACAAUACACCAUACAACAACACAUUACAACACACAACAUACAAACAUAAACACAACACAUUAAACACAACACAUUAAACACAACAACACAUUACAACAACAACACACCUAAACCCUUAAACACGACAAGACAUUCCCUUCACACAUCAACCAUACAACACAUAAAACACAACCUACAAACAUUUUACACUACAAACACAAACAUUACAACACAAACAUUACAACACAACACAACACACACAUUACAACACAAACAGAUUACAAACAACAAACACAUACAACACCAACAAUUACAACACACACAUUACAAACACAUUACAAAAACAUUACAAAAACACUUAAAUUACAUACAACACAUUACCACAACACAACAAUUACACCAACAACAACACUCACAUUACACCAACACAACACAACAACACACACAAACAACACAUACAACACAAACAACACAUACAACACAACACAUGAAAACAACAAACAUAAACACAAACAGCACAUUAACACAACACAACAAACAACACAACAAUUACAACACAAAACAACACAUUACAACACACCACAUACAAACACACAUACAAUCAAACACACAACAACACUACAACACAAACAUUACAACACACCACACACACAGACAAACUCAAACAACACAUUAAAACAAACACAAAACAAAUAUUACACCCCACAUUACAACAUACAACAACAACACAAUUACAACAACACAACAACACAUCACAACACAACACAUUAACAACAAACACAACACAUUACAACACAAACACAACAAUUACAACACAACACAUUACAACCAACACAACACAUUACAACACAAACAUACACAUUACACACACAACACAACACAAACACAACAACAUUACAACACACAAUACACUAACCCAAUACAAUUAAUCACAAGACAACCCCUUCACACACACAGCUAACAACAAACAACACAACACAUUCACUAACAUAACCAUUUAUCACCCCUUAAACAGCAAUUACAAACAAACACAACAUUACCAACAACAACACUUACAAACAAACAUCAACAACAACAAUAAACAACACAACACAUUACACACCCAUUAACACACAACCAUUACAACACAUUACAAACACAUUACAACACAAACAUACAACACACAAACAUUACAACACACACAACCACAUUACAAUAACACACACACACAUUACAACAUACCAAACACAAACAACAAACACAACCACAACAUUACAAAACAACACAUUACAACCACACAACCAACACAUUACAACACCAACAAUACAACACAAACAUUACAACACAAACAACAAUUCAACCACUCACACUCAACACAAUACAACUCAACCACACCAUAUCACACAACAAACCAUUACAACACCCCAUUACAACUACAUUACAAUUACAACAAUACAACCCACAACAGAACAUUACAACACAAUACCAUCCAACACACUCAACUUACUGACAUACACAACCAACAACACAACAUUCACAAACACAAACAUUACAACAACACCUAAACACACAUUACAAAUAGACCAACAUACAACAAACAUCAACUAGAACACAAAUUACAGACAGACACUAAUUUCACAUUAAACCAACCACACAACCCUACACACACAACGCCAAAACACACCAACCAAACACUACAUACAAGCCAACUAACAUACCUCACAGACAACAUUACAACAAAACAAUUACACCUAAUCACCCAUUAACAGACAACGGAAUGCAAUGCACAUUAAACACAGCAAACAUUAAACAUAUCACCAAACACAUUCAACACUACAAUCCAACACAACCCCAUUGAGACACAUCAAUUACAAAACAAAACAUUCAAUACACACUAAAUUUCAAUCUCAGCCUCACAACCCUACAACAAUACAUAACACGCUUAACACCACAACAAUUAACCACACAAACACUACAAUCACACACACUACAUUAACACACAACACCAAUAAUAACCAUACCACAUCCCUAACAUAACCUAUUUUAUUGACCUCCUUUAUAUAUCGCUUACCCUUAUAUUUAGAAAUGAAACCGAAACAGGAAUGCCUUGCCAUCCAUCCUCACCAAGGCAACCAAUGUGUUUGCUAUUUCACCAAGACUAAGCUUCUACUACUACUACUAUCUAACCUAACCCCUUGGCUUUGUCUGAUUGCCCAUUAUGUUUAGGACUUUGGGAGAGGGCAGACUGGGUAUUUCACUUUCUGUCUCAUCCUGUCUCAUCCUCUCCGCCCCUACCCACACCCUCCAAUCAGAACCUCUCCCCCUGUGGCUUGUGAUCUAUCCGUGACAGCAGCAGAUGUUGACCAGAGCAUGUAAAGCAGUCAGUCAGUCAGUCAGUCAGGGAUUGCUGUGUAAGGCAGACAGAGAGCCCUCUCUCCUAACCCUAUCCCUCUACUUCUCUCCAUGCUUUUCUGAUGCUACUGGCCAAAGCCUGCAUGGAAAGCAAAUUCCUUUCUCACUGCUUGGUAUGGCUGGUUCAGGUGUACUGAAUCUCUAAUACUGCUUUUCAGAGGAGCACACAUGGAAGUGAAUUUAUGCUACAUGACCAGUGGGGACAAAGAACCAGGAUAGAGAAUGUGUGAAAAAUGAUAUCUGAAAAAGAAUAGACACAGAUACACUUCUGAUAAACGUGUUGGUGUCGUGUCAGUGCCAGGGGGUGAGGAGUAGCUGUUGAGUGAGCUAAAUAAACUGUUAUUUUAGGGCUGAGGCGCAGGGCUGGGCUAGGUCCACCAUGCUGCCAGGAAUCAAUGGCAUGUAAGGGAAGGAACUGGAUGGAUGCAGCAGCAGAGCACAUGCGGAUGGUUUCCUCUGCUCCUUAGUGACACAACACAGAUGUACUACCUCUAGAAGCUUUAUACAGUACAGCAAGACCUCACUUAGCCUACAUAGGAUAACAAGGGCUCUAAAACACAUUUGUCCAACCUUUGCCUGCUCAUAGUUCUUUAAAAUCACAUGAUCAUGCACAUCAGAUAAUGUCAUCAGUGUUUUCGGAUGAUGUCACCUGAAACAUUUAUCUUCUGCUGUCUCUUUGACUACAAAACAGAUGAUGAUGUUGCUGGAGAUGAUGAAUUUUAUGUUGAAAGGGGUGGAUUUUUCCUUUACAAAUACAUAAACGUUAUUAGAGAAGAAGGACAGGUGGCAGUAAUGGUUAGAGAGACUGUCUGUUGGGGGGGGGUGUCACAGCCCUUGUCCAUGUGUGCUACUGAAGUGGUCUCUCUGUUCAAGGACAGUUGUUAUAAGCAGUUAGCAUCUGUCUACGGGAAGGAACAUCCUGCCCUUAAUGAAUAACACUACUGCUACAGACUGCCACUGUUUGUGUGAGUCAUAUGCAUCUGUUAGUUCCUAAAAUGCUAUGCAACAUCUGUUACUGUAUGUAUCAAUGCUGCCGGUCACCAUGUAAUAACCAUCAUAAUGAAUGGAGAAAUAGAUGAAUGAGAUGGGUGUUGUGUCUCUGUGUAGAGGAGCCAGAGGAGGAGCUGAGUGUGGAGGAGCUGGAGGAGAGGGCCAAGUCUGGAGACGCCAAAGCCCAGAGUAGGGUGAGUAUUACCCAUAGUCCACCUCAGAGAGACCACCAAAGCAAACGUGAAUAGUCCUAACGUAUGAACUACAAUGGGUCUUCAUAUGGACCCAUUGUUGGAGUGGGAAGAACUGCAGAUUAAUUUAGUUUGAUUAGAAUUGUUUGCACAAUCCCACAUCUGGCAAGUUUCUUUGAAUGUGCACAUAUUGUAGGUGAUAUAUAAUGUGUCUGUGUGUAGAUGGGCCGGUACUACUUGGCCCUGGCUGAGGAGAGAGAUGAGGAGGUGAACAACUGUACAGCAGUGAGUUGGCUGGUGCAGGCCACCAAACAGGGCCGCAAGGACGCAGUCAAGAUGCUACAGCGCUGCCUAGCAACCAGGAAAGGUGAGAGGGCAUGGCCUAAACCAUUAACAGGAGCAUGGUUAGGUGUAGGGUGUAGUUACCCCUAGACUCUGAUCUUGGAUCAGUUCAGCAUUUCCCCCACUAAUGGUUAAGGUUACAAUUUGGGGGAGGGGAAUCUGAUCCUAGAUCUGUACCUAGGGAACACUUCACCUUGGAACAGUAUGGAGAACCAGAGCAAUUCAAGAAAAUAUUUUUGAAUUGGGUCUGAAAAAGUACAGUGUGCAAUUAAAUGGAGUAUGCACUUAAACGAUAUGCACUUAGCAAGAGUCAACUGUCAUUGGGAAUGUUGAACUGAUUGUUUGUCUCCGUGCAUGGCGUUUAUUAUGAGGCAUUAAGGUUGUGUUUGUGGUUACCAUUAGGCAUCACGUCAGAGAACUUUGAGGAGGUGAAGAAGCUGUGUACGGAGACGAGGUUUGAGAGAGGAGUAAGGAAGGCUGCUCUGGUCAUGUACUGGAAGCUCAACCCAGAGAAGAAGAGAAGGGUGGCGGUGUCUGAGAUGCUGGAGAACGUGGAACACGUCAACACUGAGCCAGGUAGUGUACUGUCCACUGACAUGACAUACACUACCAGUCAAAAGUUUGGACACACCUACUCAUUCAAGGGUUUUUCUUUAUUUUUACUGUUUUCUACAUUGUAGAUGAAUAGUGAAGACAUAAACUAUGAAAUAACACAUAUGGAGUCAUGUAGUAACCAAAAAAGUGUUAAACAAAUCAAAAUAUAUUUUAUAUUUGAGAUUCUUCAAAUAGCCACCCUUUGCCUUGAUGACAGCUUUGCACACUCUUGGCAUUCUCUCAACCAGCUUCAUGAGGUAGUCACCUGGAAUGCAUUUCAAUUAACAGGGGUGCCUUCUUAAAAGUUAAUUUGUGGAAAUUAUUUCCUUCUUAAUGCGUUUGAGCCAAUCAGUUGUGUUGUGAGAAGGUAGGGGGGUAUACAGAAGAUAGCCCUAUUUGGUAAAAGAUCAAGUCCAUAUUAUGGCAAGAACAGCUCAAAUAAGCGAGAGAGAAACUAGAGUCCAUCAUUACUUUAAGACAUGAAGGUCAGUCAAUACGGAACAUUUCAAGAACUUUGAAAGUGUCUUCAAGUGCAGUCGCAAAAACCAUCAAGCGCUAUGAUGAAACUGGCUCUCUUGAGGACCACCACAGGAAUGGAAGACCCAGAGUUACCUCUGCUGCAGAGGAUGUUCAUUAGAGUUACCAGCCUCAGAAAUUGCAAAAUACAUAUAUAUAUAUACAUAUCCUUUAAAAAUAUAUAUUUCCCUUUAUUACUUUCCAACCCCACCACCCCUUCCCUAAUUGGAGUAAACUAGUGAACAACAAUGCUUAGGCCUCUACUUCCAGCUAAUACAUACUAUAUACAUUUUAUGGACACAGUCAAUUUUACAAUAAUUCUAUUUUGUUUGUUUUUACUCCUGAACUUCCUCAACCUCUCUGAUCAUUUUCAUGAUAUCCAUCCGGUUUGCUUCUAUAUGCCAUAUCUUUCUAACUGUGCUCUUUCACAAAAGCUCUCAACCUAUAACCUAUAUAAUUAUUAUGGACACAGUAUGCUUUACAUUAGUUAUCUUGUUGUUAUUAGUUGUUGUUAGUUGUUAUUAGUCCCAUCCUUCAACUCCAUUCAACACCUCCCAUCUAUCUCUUAACACCAUCCAUAUUGGAUUUCUAUUUGCCAUAUAUUUUUCAACUGUACUGUGAUGUUUUACAAAAGUUCUGAACCCUUCUAUUCUCAUUGUUUCUACAGAUUGUAAAUUGAAAAUAAACAUUUUUGCUAAAAGUAUUAUUAUAUUAUUGAUCGAUUGACUAUGACUUUUCAGAUCACCAAGUAGUGCUAUCUGCAGGGUUAGCUCCAGGUAAAUAUUGCAAUCCUUUAGCCAUUCCUGGACCUGUGUCCAAAAACAAGCUUCAAAUGGACAGUACCAAAACAAAUGAUCUAAUGAUUCUGUCUCUUCGCAGCAAAAUCUGCAGAGCUGGGAAGAUUGUAUCCCCCAUAUAAAUAACAUUAUAUUGGUAGUAAGAAUUUUGUAUAAUAAUUUAAAUUGAAAAAUUCUAAGUUUUGAAUCCGGCAUUCAUGCAGCAUAUCAAACUGGGAUAGUGUUGUAGGAUACACUGGCAAGUACAAUAAUAUUAUAUUUGCCAGAGCAUAUUAUUUAAUAAAAAUCUGAUUAUUUCACAUGGAGAUGUUAGCCAGCUAGCUAGCAAGGGGAGACAACCAAAACGUGAUUUUUCUUUACUUUCAACGCAAAUAAGAAGAUGACAAGAGAACCUCUGCUAUCGCCCCCUUGUGGAUGUUGCUAUUUGGGUGUCUGGACCUGUGAGGUAUCAUGUUACCAAAAGGUGCACAUUGUUCCAAUAAAACAGAGUUGUUACGUAGCUAGUUUUUCAACUUCGUGUUUCUCUGUAAUUCCUCCACCCCAAGGUGCCGCUGCCUCCCAGGGCCCAAUAUCCAGCUCCAUGCAGAAACAGAGGAGAGUACUGGAGAGCCUCGUCACCAGCAAAGGUUUGUGUAUGUUUAUGUGUUAUAGAAUCAAAUGGAAAGGCAAUGUAAUAGUGAGUAAGGACUACCUCUCUCUCUGUGUGUCUCUGCAGCCAGUUGCUAUGACGUGGGUCUAGAUGACUUUGUGGAGAUCACUAAGAAGUACGCUCAGGGCAUCCCCCCCUCUCCCACUAUGGCUGGGGCCGGCGGUGACGAUGACGAUGAUGAAGCUGUGAAGAACCCAGACGACUUGCCCCUUCACCAAAAGGUCUGAAUCUUUUUAUCUCUCAUGCGUUAAUAACAUCUUCACACACAGACGUAAUUAUCUUGCUCAUGGAUUUACCCUCUCUCUCGCUCUUUCUCUCUCUCGCUCUCUCCCCUAGGUGUUGAAGUUCCCCCUACACGCCCUGUUGGAGAUCAAGGAGCACCUGAUAAACUGGGCAUCCCGGGCGGGCAUGCAGUGGCUCAGUGCCCUCAUCCCCACGCACCACGUCAACGCUCUCAUCUUCUUCUUCGUCAUCAGCAACCUCACCCUCGACUUCUUCAUCUUCCUCAUCCCCCUGGUGGUCUUCUACCUCUCCUUGUUCUCCAUGGUCAUCUGCACGCUGCGCGUCUUCCAGGUGGGAUACCCUUCACACCGCUCUGGCCUUAGAGCAGAGGAACUGAAAGAGGAUAACCUGUCAUUAUCCUGUAACAAACUAGGGAGUACUUGACCUUUGGUAUUUUCUUGGAAAACAGAAUAAAAAUGGUUAGUAGUAUGUAACUCCUAUGGUAAGGUAUUCCAUGACAGCUAUAGGAUAAUGUGUGUUCAGUGUAUAAAGAGCUGUUGGGAUUGUUCUUCCAGAACUCCAAAGCGUGGGAGAACUUCCGGGUCCUGACAGACCUGCUGUUACGUUUCGAGCCCGGCCUGGACCUAGAGCAAGCUGAGACUAACUUCGGCUGGACCCACCUGGAGCCCUACCUCUACUUCCUGCUGUCGGUGGUCUUCAUGGUCUUCUCCUUCCCCGUGGCUGACAAGACCUGGAUCCCCUGCUCCGAACUGGCCACCGUGGCCCUGUUCUUCACCGUCACCUCCUUCCUCAGCCUCCAAGCCUCCGCUGAGCUCUUCGCCCGCCGCGCCCUGCUCACAGAGGUGUUAUCGGGGGUCUGUGCCCUUACACAACUAUUACCCGAUAGUGUCUGGUUCCUGCGGGUGUUAGGAACAACGUUUGUGACGGUGCCGCUAGGGGAGAUGGUGGCGCUGAACGUGGGCGUGCCGUGUCUUCUAUACGGGCACCUGAUCUACCUGCUGUUCCGCAUGGCCCAGCAGAGGGGCUUCAGGGGCACCUACCUUUGCCUGGUACCCUACAUGGUCUGCUUCGUCUGGUGUGAGCUGUGCCUGGCCCUGCUCCACUCCUCCUCCACAAUCGGUCUGAUUCGGACCUGUGUGGGCUACCUCCUCUUCCUGUUCGCCCUGCCUGUCCUCACCUUGGGCUUGGCGGCCAUGUUGCUCUUCCGGGUCCUCCAGUGGUUCAUGGCUCUGGAGGUCACCAAGAUGCUGGUGACUCUGACCGUGUGCUCAGUCCCGGUGGUGUUGCGGUUGUGGACGCGGUUCAGCCUGAACCCGCUGGUGGUGGUGCGGUCCCUGUCGCGGAGCAGCGUGGUAAAGCUCAUCCUGGUGUGGCUAAGUGCUGUGGUGAUGUUCUGCUGGAUGUACGUCUACCGCUCAGAAGGCAUGAAGGUAAUCACUAGAACUAGUUUACUACAUUAUGCUACAUUAUGCCCAAAGCGCUAAUUAAAACAAAAUACAGGUACUAGCAUAUUUACAUAGUAAAGAACAACAGAAUGACAGAAGCAGAUCUAAUUGCAGGCAGAGUACUAUUUACAGCCGAGUACUAUUUCCAGCAGAUAACUAUUUACAGCACAGUACUAUUUACAGCAGGGUACUAUUUACAGCAGAGUACUAUUUACAGCAGGGUACUAUUUCCAGCAGAUAACUAUUUACAGCAGAGUACUAUUUCCAGCAGAUAACUAUUUACAGCAGAGUACUAUUUACAGCAGGGUACUAUUUACAGCAGAGUACUAUUUACAGUGUUCAAAUGUAACAACAUAAAGAAUACAUUAAAUGUAUGAAAAGCGUUAAAUGGAAUACAUGAACAACAUCAAAAUAAAGUUGAACCAAAUGUGAAUGUGUGUUGAACAGGUGUAUAACUCCACCCUCACGUGGCCGGAGUACAGUAACCUGUGUGGGCCCAAGGCCUGGAAGGAAUACAACAUGGCCCAAACCCAGAUCCUGUGUUCUCACCUGGAGGGCCACCGGGUCACCUGGACAGGACGCUUCAAAUACGCCCGCAUCACCGACAUCGAGAACGGAGCCCAGUCCGUCAUCGGCCUACUUCCUGCGUUCGUAGGGAAUUGGAUGAGAUGUAUCUAUGGUGAGCCCUAUCCACUCUGUGAAAACACCACCGACCCCACUGCCCCUCCCCAGCUCCUCCCUGCACCCCUUCCAGAAGACCCCUUAUGCAAACUGAAAAAGCUGGCCAAGCACGAGUGCCACAUGAAGCGCUUUGACCGCUACAAGUUCGAGGUGACCUUGGGCAUGCCCCUGGAAAGGAAGAGUAAGAACGGGACCAUCAUAGAGGACGAAGACGCCACCAAGGACAUCGUCCUGAGGGCCAGUAAUGAGUUUGGCCCUGUGCUCCUGCACCUGAGCGCUGGGAGCCUGGUAGAGUUCAGUACGGUUCUAGAAGGACGCCUGGGCUCCAAGUGGCCUGUGUUUGAGCUGAAGGCUAUCCACUGUCUGACGUGUGCAGACGCCCGCAUGCCCAGCGGCAGGCAGUACAAGAUAGAACACGACUGGAGGCGCUCGGCCCAGGGGGCACUGCAGUUUGCCUUCGACUUCUUCUUUAACCCCUUACUCACCGCACGACUGGAGCAGGACGCUGAGACACAGACACACAGGGCAGAGGAGGAAUGGACCAAGGGUAGUGGUGGAUAAAUGUAGAGGAGUGUACAUUAUGAGGAGUGUAUAAGUGUACACUAUGAGGAGUGUAUAAUUUCAGUAUGGAUUGUAAGUAAUGCAUUAUGUCGAUCACUAUUAGGAGUGUAUGGGAAUGUACCGGUACAUACAAUCACAUAAAGGUUUGUCAGUAAAUCUGGUUCUGCAGGAUGUU